UGGCCAGCCAUGUCGUCCCCCUCCUCCUCCAGGCGCCAGUGGUGCUACCUGUGCGACCUGCCAAAGAUGCCCUGGACUGUGGUGUGGGACUUCAGCGAGGUGGUUUGCCGUGGCUGUGUGAACUACGAGGGAGCAAAUCAGAUUGAAUUCCUGAUAGCGAGCGCCCGACAGCUGAAACGAACUCACGGGAUGCAGGACGGUAACGUCAGGUCACCUGGUCCCUCACCCAAUAAACACAGCACAUCUGGCAGAGGAGAGGCGGCGGCAGACGGAGGCAGGCCGCACACUGACCGCUUCGAGAGAGGAGGGAGAGGAGAAAGCACCGGGUCAGCUGUCCGCGUGCCGCCUAACGGGCUGCACCGUGACGGGCAGCCACCUCAAGAAGUGAACCGUCAGAGUCCCAGCGGCAGCCGGAGACCCAUGCUAGGCGCUGCCAUCCCGCCUAGUCUAGUCACUCAAAGUAUCGCAGGGAUUCCCCAUGGUCUACUCGCGGGCAUGCCGGCGGGUCUGACCGCCAGGACAGCCCCCAUGAGCAACCCUAUGAUCUUCCCUGCCCCGGUGCUGGCCGAGAUGAGCCGCAGACAGCUGGGAAUAGGAAUGGGGAUAGCCCCUUUUAUCACUCCGGAGCUGGAGCGAGAGCUCAGUUCGUCCCAGAACCAGCCCAAGACACAGACGCAGGUUCACACUGCUGUGGCUGGUAGCAGCGCCAGUAAAAGUACAGGCCUCCCGUCUUCGUCCUCCUCCAUGGCGGGAGGUGUGAGCCAGACCAGCCCUAAACCUGCCUCAUCUCCGGCAAGGCAGCCACGCCCACUAGCCGCGAGGUCCGGAGGGGAGCCCCUGGGAUCCAGCACAUCAGCAGAGGCAGCCACCACAGCUGCAGCGUUACCCCACAGUGGUGCCUCUGAGUUGGGAUCAGCGUCCACCAGCAAUACCCAUUCAACCGGAAACACUCUGUCCUGCACCUUGUGUCACGAGAGGCUGGAAGACACACACUUUGUUCAGUGUCCAUCAGUGCAAGGGCAUAGGUUCUGCUUCCCCUGCACAAGGGUGUACAUCCAGAGCCGACAAGGAGAUGGGGAGGUGUACUGCCCCAGUGGAGGGCGCUGUCCGUUGGAUAACUCUCCCAACAGCCCCCCCUGGGCCUUCAUGCAGGGAGAGGUGUCCACCAUAUUGGGAACUGCUGGGCCAGGUGCAGGACCUGCAUCAGCUGCUGCAUCUGGAGCCGGGUCAGGGCCUGGAGCUGGAACUGGAGCUGCAGCCACAUCUGGGGCUGGGAGUGGAGCUGCCAGUGGAGCCGGGUCUGGGAGUGGAGAUGUAACUGUCAAGAAAGAGAGAGAGACGUGAUGGUGAUUUCCAUGGAAACCAAGAUCCAACACAGCAACAGAGUCAUACCACAUACCAAAAAGAGAUGUCUGCACUGGACCACUGAGAGAUCCAGAGGAGAGGCAACACAGCAACCCACAGUUCAGAAAACCUUUAUUAUACAGGUCUUAACUCCACCUACUCACACCACCUAGUUUUAUCAAUACUAUCAGACCCCUGAAGUUUUUAUUUUUUAUUUUUAUUUCCAAACAAAAGUUGAAUUAGCUAACUUUUAACCUAAAUCCUACAGUUCACAUGUAAUGAGAAUGAAACCACAUUUCAUUUAUCAUUUUAAAUUUCCCAGUGCAUCCUUUGAAUUGAGAGCUUACCCUCACCAACUCUGAAAAACAAUCUAAUGUCAAAUGCUCAAUUCAACAGUAGAGAUCUUGGUGAAAUGACACCACAGCUUUUAUCAGGACUGCAAAUGUUGUAACCAAGCAUAUAAAUUAAAAUGGCCAUCAUGAUGUACUGGCGGAAUCAGAUAUGUAGGACCAAUCAACAGCUGAACAAUGGCUACUUUUAUAGAGUUAAUGGUAGAUGCACCAGUUGAAACAACUGAUCAUGCCCACACUAGCGCUUGUAGCUAGCUACUGUUAGCAGCUGUAGUAAACAGGCUGAAACAACACAGACUACACCAGUUUUCAAAAAGAUUGUCUUACUUGUCUAUAAACAAACUCUUACACCAUUAGAAAAGGUAAAUCGGAAGAUGCUCUAGUCGCAUAAAAAUCCUCAAAAUGCACUUAAAAAAGCAACCAUUGCCUGCAGGAGUAUAAAUUGGUGUAUUAAUCUACAAUUGGCAUAGAGUUCUAUUAUUAGCAUUGACUUUACCAAAGGUAGUAAGGCAUAAUUGCUAACGGUCGCUUGAUAGGUGACUUAACACAGGGAUGUUUACUGUUUGAUAUUACUCUUCUCAAACUCACAGAAAGUAGCCAUGGUCAAGUGUUUAUUGUAACAGUACACUCAAUAUUGCAUUUGCACAGCAAAGCACAAAAACUUGCUUCAAAAGUUUGGCACAAACACUGAAAUGCAGUAGCCACGGUUGUUAUGUAUCUUUUCUUUGAUGAACAAAGUGUUAACUGACAGCACGCAGUAGGUGCUCAAGGCUGUAAGCAGUACAAUACAGGCUGUUCUGAGUUGAUAAAAGUUAGAAAUUAACUCUCAGACAAAAUGCCAUUUUCUCUGCCAGUGCUUGAUCUAAAUUAAAUGUUUGUAUGUAUACAACUGACAUGAAAUUGAUAGUUAUGAUGACAAAAUGUACCUUAAAUUUGAAAUACAGAUUUAUUGUUUUUUAUUGUUUUUUGACUGAAUCAGUGUCUGGGCACACAAUCAGGAUUUUUUUUUUCUUCAAACAAAUGGAAAACAUCUCCACUAAAACACCUAACGAUGCAAACCGACAUGUGAUGUGGACAGAAUACCAGUAGUGACAUUUUUCUGUAAGUCGGUGCAUUUGUUUUUCACCAGCUUUAAGCGAAGCUGACUUUGACCCAGAGAAAGGAGAAUGUUUGCUGUGUAGGAAGAACCAGUUCAUCUGUCAGAACAUCGACCAGCCACAGAGACUCUGUGUUUGACUGUAUUUAAAUGUUGCUUUCAUAUAAGAUCCAGCCCAGCCUACGCUUUACCCCGAAUGUAUAUGAAAAGAUAUCUAUUGAUAGACCUAGGACUAUAUUUUAUACUAGAAUAUUAAAUGUUAUAUACUGUAUAGACCUAUUAUAGUAUGUAUGUGCAAUCCUUAGUUGUAGUAUAUGCAGCAGUUUGGAAUAUGUAAUUAAAAACAAUUGCAUAUCAUUUCUUAAACCUUUUGUUUUUUAAAGUGAGAACCCACCUAAAAGCAGCAACUGUAGGUUUAACAUCAUUUAUGAACAAGUUUCUCUCAAAACUAGAGACAGGACCACUUUGUAUUAUGUGACUCUUCCAUGGAAUCAGUAUUUUAAAAGUACAUUUUUGGUUUUGAAAUCAUCAGCAUUGCAAUGACUAUCUUGAGUUAAAUAACCACACAUGUCUGUUGAAUUUGCUUUCCAUUCAUAGGCAGUGGAACAAAUGUAGAUGAUCAUACACACAGUACAUCUAAUUCUGUUUUCAGAGUUAAUGUGGAUAGUUACAUAAACAUAUUAAGAGAUUUAAUGUUCCUAAAUUGAACAUUUCAACAGUUUCGUACUCGCAUGUUAAAAAUUGAUUCGUUUUUGGUGGAUUCUCUCUUUAUGUGCACUAUGUAUUUGUCAGUACAUAAGCACAGACAAACCAAAGGUAAUCUUAUGUCCAAACUGAUGUUUCUGGAUGUAAAUGAUUUAUGGAAAAAUAUAUAUAUUGCUAUACUUCUUGGCCAGGUCUUAACCGGUUUUCUUCAUCAAGCCGUUACAGUUUACAGGCCCAUGUGGUCUACUGUACUUAUGGGAUUUUACAUAUAAAAGUCUAUAGUAUUCAGCAGAUACUUAUAUAGGCCUUCUAUAUUUAGAUGAUAUCCCACAGAUCAGGUCUGUUGUAGAGAAAUGUUGUUGAAGAAGUGGAAUUUAAGUUUAAUAUGCACUGAUACAUCAUGCAAUCCCUUGUUAAGUGCCUUUUUAAAAUGUUUACCGUCUGUUUGUGUGUCUGGGAACCUCAGGGGAAGUAGGAGUGCAAUGGCUUUUUUAUUGUCUAGUCAAUGAUUAACCUGAAUCUGUUUCCCUUCAAUCGCCAUCAGACGGCUUUUGCUUUUAUCUGAAGCCUUUGUAAAGUCGGCUGGCCAUUCAUUGUUUGGAUAUGGUCUCUCCUCGCUUCUCUCUAUCUAUGUUGAGUUUCUUUUCAUUUAUGUUUUAUUUUUAGAUCUAUUGGUUUUAUUGCAGCUUCAUGUACAAAAUAGAAACCAGGAAUAAAUGGGAUGGAAACUUA